UGGCAGUGGCAGACCAAUUCAGUUUGGUUACGAAAAUGGAACGUCACGUUUACAUAGCGACGCUCUUCAUCCUCUUAGGAAAUUAUGGAUCAGCAGCCCGAGGGAGAUCUUUUGAGGAUUUUGAACUAGCAGUUCCAACACCACUGAGAGACAGUUUCCCAAAGGACAAAGUAUGGUCUCUUUACCUCCCGACUGAGGUUAAAAACAACUCGUUGUGUCGUAGCGCCUUGGAAGGGGUGAAAACGCAACUGAGUGAUUUCGAAAUAACCCCAUCCCAUAAGUUGGUUGACUCCUGGGGGAAGACGUUCACAGGAUAUUUGUCCGGGUUUCAGUAUUUCAACGGCGUUUACGAUGAAUGCAAAAACUUCGUCUCGUCUCCCAACGCAACUGAAGAUGGCUCAUAUAAAGGAAGAUACUGCAAGAUACAUCUUAAAAAAUUGACGAGGGGAUCCCCGACAUACGAGAGACCUGAGGAAACUCCCGCAUUUUUCUUACCCUGGAUGAACCAACAGAUCAAAAAAAGCGUCAUCGAUGUGAUACUCGAUGGCCAUAUGAGAAAUGGAACCAGAAUCGGGUACUCGACUUGCAUUCCGGACGUUUGUACCGAAGAAGACCUUCAGGUAUCGUUGGAGGACGUCGUCCAGGACUCUGACUUCAUCGUUAAUUCCAUUAGCUGCCACAUGGAUCUCACCUCUGAUCCCUUCUCACUCGAAGAUAUUGUGUUUAUUGUCGUGCUUAGCGUGAUUGCUUGCGUCAUUGCUGCAGCUUCCAUUUUGGACCUAUAUAUUCAGAAAACAAACAACAUUCAUUUGUCCAAAGGAAGUCUUCGUUUUCUUCUGCCAUUCUCUGCAUACACAAACAUCCAAAAGUUGUUUCACAUGAAUACUGAAAACUCCCCUGAAACUAUUACUUGUCUACAUGGGAUAAGGGUUCUGUCUAUGACUUGGGUUGUAUGGGCUCAUCAGCAAACAGCAACAUUUAUUUACACAUCCAACCUCUAUUAUAUGUUCGAUAAAAUGGGAGGACUUCUCUAUCAAACAGCGCUCAAUGGCUUCCCCAGUGUUGACACCUUCUUCUUUAUGAGUGGGUUCCUGAUGGCUUACAGUGUAAUGAGAGAAUACAUGAGGAGCAAAAGAUUCAACAUUGUCCUCUUCUACUUCCAUAGAGUACUCAGGUUAGUGCCACCAAUCCUGCUCGUUGCAGGGCUGUAUGCCACCGUUGCCAAGUAUUUCUUAGACGGACCUUUGGCACAUUGGUGGCAUUACAUCAGAGACACAUGCCAGAAAAACUGGUGGAUUGACGUCACUUUCAUUGAUAACUUCGGUCCCAACAUGGAAGAAGACUUGUGUCUUGGGCAAUGUUGGUACCUAGCAGUCGACUCCCAGCUGUAUCUCAUAGCUCCACUAAUACUACUGCCAAUCUUGUACAAUGAGAACCUUGGGAUGAUUUGGCUUUACAUUGUGACAAUGGCCUCUUUCAUCAUACCUGGCGCUGUGAACUAUGUCAAUGAUCUGCCGCCUACAAGUUUAUUACUUGAUCCGAAGGGCGAAGACUUUAUGUUCAAAAAUUACCUCAUGCCGUGGUGUCGCGCUGGCCCUGUUUACAUUGGCAUCUGGCUUGGCAUCUUCGUGGCAAAACAGCAAACGCAGAAGAUAACGCUGAAGCCGUGGGAAGUUCUGGCCGGAUGGACGGUGGCAAUUUUAACUGGUCUCAUGGUAGUGUUCGGUGUUUGGUCAUACAACGUCUUCCCACGUAAAGUACCGUAUGACGUCAUGACUCAAUGGAUAUAUGGUGGACUGCAUCGCCCUGCCUGGGCUGCUGCGCUUGCGUGGGUCGUCUUUGCUUGCUACAAUGGCUAUGGAGGUUUCAUCAAUGACUUUUUGUCACACCCUGUAUGGCAACCGAUGAGUCGCCUUACCUACUCCAUCUACCUCGUUGCACUGUCUCUACAGGCAGCCAUUGUUUACAACGCUAAAGUAGAAUUUUACUUCGAUCAUUAUCCUAAAAUACUGGAGACUGUCGGGGCAAUAGUCAUGUCUGUGAUACCAGCUAUACUCGUUUCAAUCAUUGCCGAAUCUCCUAUCAUCGGAUAGAAAAGCUCAUCUUCAGCCGGCCUGCAGGUCGAGCGGAAAGACAGCCAAAGGAGCCGAGUCAUCUGGAGGGCGUUAACAACAAGGCUUUUGAGGAGACAGCCGAACGCAAUGAAAUGGACGCGGAAGCGGUAAAAGCAGAUGAUGUCGAAGAAAAGCAGCAAAAUACAUAAAGAAUAAUUACUAUAGGUAAAUAUAUAUCACGAUAUGGUCUACAGCAGUGGUUCUCAACCAUAGGGGGAAGAGGGGCGGUCAACAAUUUCCACGGGAGGCGCGAGCCCUAGUGAAAAAUGACAAACUCUCUAAUUAUAUUCGUUAUUCUCGUAACAAGUGUGGAAAAAAUCUUCAGAAUUUUAUGAAAAAAAUGCAAAAGUAACGCUUAAAGGUUCGUUUCCUAUAGUAUACUGCUCUAGUUGGACUCAUUCGGAUCCUAAGCAUUUUUCGAUCCAUGCAUCUUUGUGAAGCAGUGUCAAGUAUCUCACCAAAUCAUUCCCAACGGAAUAAAAACUCCCCUUCUUGUCUCUUUUCUUUUUUUCAACUUCCUUUAAAUCUAUAGAUGCAAGGGGGACGUGGAGGGAAGGACCACCCCUUAGAGGGGCCGUGAAAAUAAAAACGUUGAGAACCCCACUGGUCUACGGUACCCAGAGACAAAAUCAGAAUUUUUUUCUCAUUUGCCUGAGUAUGUCAUAUUCAUCGAAGCAUUUUUUAUACAUUUUUCUUUGAACGCGCGCCCACGCAUAAAGAAAGGAAAUUAUACGCAGCAGCGUAAAUGAUAAGCGGUAAGAAGCUUAUGUCAUAUUUUGUAGUUUCGGAUGCAUUAGAUAUUUAAAAGAUUAAACGCUGCUGAUGCCAGUUGUCAGAAAUACAUCCAAUCCACUGGCAGUAGAUCCCUACUGGACUAAUCCCAUAUAAUCCCACUUCCUCGCUACAUUCAGUUGUCUAUCAUAUUAAAAUUUCACUUUCACCGUGGUGUAAUUCAGUUUUACUCUCUCUCUCUCUCUCUCUCUCUCUCUCUCUCUCUCUCUCUCUCUCUCUCUCUCUCUCUCUC